AUGGUCACCACACAACAGUUCGAUAACAUUGAGAUGCGUCCUAGAGAGACGAUGACUGGAUUUGAUGGGAGAUUCAGCAAGAUCAUUACUACACUCUCUACUUUGGGAAAGACUUACACCAACAGAGAGAUUGCAAUCAAAGUCAUGCGUGCUCUGCCGAGGGAAUGUGAUGUCAAGACGAUAACAAUGAGGGAAUCUAAAGAUCUCAACAAGAUGGAACUCUUUGACCUACUAGAUUAUCUAAAAGCCUAUGAGUUCGAGAUGAACUCAAGGAAUGAAGAUGAACCAUCAUCCUCAAAUGUAACCAUGACAUUGAUAUCAUCGGUAGAACCAACCGUUCUUGAACCUGUAAAGACAGCUAAGCAGUUCAGCGAUGAUGUAAUGACUAUAUUUGCCAAGAAGUUUGGAAAAUUCAUGAAGAAGAGUAAACCCAACAACUCUUACAACUACAACUACUCAAAUGGUAAUAAAGCUAGCGUUCGUUGUUUUAAUUGUGACACCUUAGGUCAUUACAAGUCGGAGUGUCGGAAAUCAAGAAGAGACGACAUAAAGUUAACUGAUCAGAAACCAAGAGAGGAUCAUCAAUCAACCAAACACAAUAAGGAGAUACAGAAAGCCUUGCUAGCUGAUGAUGACGUAAGCAAGUGGGCUCAAAGCGAUUCAGAUAUUUACAAUGAAGAAGUCAGAUGCUUUAUGGAAAAUGACGAAGAGGUAUUCGACUUUGCCUCUGAGGAAUUCACCCGAGAAGAUCUGAUUACUACCCUCAAUGAUAUGGUCAUUGAGUACAAAAUUCUGUCUAAUCUCGUAUCAAUUCAGCCAGACAACCAAACUAUUAGAACAAUUGAACUAUCCUUUGAGACUGAGAAGCUCAAGGAGACAGUUAAAUUGUUGACUAAAGAAAAUGAAAGAACUAAGUACGUGAUUGUUGCAUGGAUGAAAUCUGGAGAUGUUGUGAGUCAGAUGACGAGUCAUCAAACGCCGACAAACUAUGAGUCGAUAAUUAAAAGGGAACCAAAAUACGUUGAGCCAACUAACCACUCACGAUGGCUUAGUCCUGAGAGAAGGAAAGUCAGCGGGUCGGCUGGAAAUGAACGUGAAAGAGAUUUAAAGAGGCACUCUCAAAACCAUCUUUCAAAACAUUACGAGUCAUCUAAAGGCAAAAAGGGAGAUAUCAAGCCUAGUGCAUAUAGAAUUAUUAAGACAAACACUAAGAGGUCCAUCAAAGAUAAACAUGUCAAAUACUUGGAGGAUUUGGAAUGGUACUUGGACAGUGGAUGUUCAAGGCACAUGACCAGAAAUAGUAAACUGUUAACCGAUAUUGUGAAAGAAUCGGGUUCAAGGAUCACUUUCGGUGACAACUCUAAGGGUAAGACUAUGGACAAGGGUAAGAUUGUCCUUGUAACCUAA